AUGACAAUCAACCGUACCAGUCAGAAUGACUCAAACUUCGUCCUUACUGGCGACGCCCUGAACAACGCCUUGCCCGAAAUGGGCAUGGCCACUAGAGCCGUUCACGCCGACGACUUUGUGACACCGCACCGAGCAAUUGCGCCUGGAAUGCACGUUGCUGUGAAUUUCCGUUACGCGCGCGACCCUGAGAACCUCGUCCCGGAGGAGAAUAAUGAUCCCAACGCCCCUAGUGACUCCCACGUAUAUUCCCGCUACACCGCGCCAAACUCCAACCGAUUGGAGGUCCUCCUCCGCAGCCUCUUCGGCGGCGAAGUAAUCUCCUACUCGACCGGUCUCUCCUCCUUCCUCGCAAUGAUGGUCCUCAUCAACCCAAAGCGCGUCUUUAUCGGAGACGGAUACCACGGUUGCCAUGGCGUGCUCGACAUCGUCAAGAGAUUGACAAACGUGGAGAAGCUCGAGUUGACAGAUAUUGAGCAGGCUGGCCAUGGUGAUGUUAUCCACGUCGAAACACCCCUCAAUCCGACCGGCGAAGCUCGCAACCUUGCCUAUUAUCGCGCAAAAGCAACAGAGAAGGGCGCAUACUUGACAGUGGAUUCCACAUUCGCUCCACCUCCACUGCAGAACCCUCUUGACUUUGGAGCAGACAUCGUCAUGCAUAGCGGAACAAAAUAUGUUGGCGGUCACUCGGAUAUGCUGUGCGGUUUCCUGGUGCUUCACCCGGACCGAGCCAAAGGAGGCUGGUUGAAGUCUCUUCACAAGGAUCGACAGUAUAUGGGCGCUGUGAUGGGUAGCUUUGAGGGGUGGUUGGGUAUCCGGUCUGCGCGCACAAUGCACCUCCGUGUAACAAGACAGGCUCAGACUGCCGAGAAACUUGUUGCGUGGCUCCAGGAGGAAAUUUCAAACGCUGCAAGUCCUGUUGGACAGGUUCUGGAGCGUGUGCAGCAUGCAUCAAUCCAAUAUGAGGAUUUGAAGGAUGGGUGGCUGCGGAAGCAGAUGCCCGGUGGCUUUGGGCCGGUGUUUUCUAUCUUGGCGAAGAAUCCGGAUCAUGCUCGUCAGUUGCCGAGUAAGAUGUUUGUUUUCCAGCAUGCUACUAGCCUGGGCGGUGUGGAGAGUUUGAUGGAGUGGCGGGCUAUGAGUGAUGCUGGGUGUGAUCCCAAGUUGCUACGAAUUAGUUGUGGCAUCGAGGAGUUUGAGGAUCUGAAGCAUGAUGUUCUUCAGGGUUUGGAGAGUUUGUUGAAGAGCUGUUAG